GACGUUUCUGCGCAGAGAGGAGUUUCGUUUCCGCGGAGUUCCCCGCCUUAUUUUACUCAUUGUACCAGGAAAUAUUGGAGUCAUAAAUGAAACAGACCGUCAGCUGGACGACACUUUAAACUGACCGGAGAGGACAACAUGUCUGCCACCUUCCGCACCUUCAUCCUGACGUUUUCAACACUAUGUGGAUCCACAGUGGUAUCAGGGAUCCUCAGCAGACCCACAAAUGUCCACCUGACUUCCUACAACAUGGAUCUGGUGCUGAGGUGGAAUGCAUCUGAAGGGGCAACCAGCAACCUGGUCUACACAGUUGAGUACAACACUACAGUCAUACCCUACACAGUCGGCUGUGUGAACACCUCCGACCUUUUAUGUGAGUUGACUCAGCUCAAUCAUCCCAUCGUGGAGUAUGGAAAGUACACCGGCAGAGUGCGGGCGCAGCUGGGGUCAGAGAGCUCGGCCUGGGUGGAGAGUAACCACAUCACCCCGGACAAAGACACCGUCAUUGGUCCACCUGGGGUCUCUCUCCUCUCAAACGGGGCGACCAUUGAGGUCAGCAUUAAGGACCCGAUAUUCAAAGUGUCGGCGCUUAGGAACAUCUACAUCUCUGCCACAUACAACGUCAGCUACUGGAAGGAUGGCCAGAAGGAGAAGGCCAAACAUAUCAGCGACAUACAGCAAAACCGGGUGGUUCUGAUUGACCUGCACCCAAAGACCAGGUACUGUGUCCAAGUCCAAAUCUGCACAGAGAGCAACCCCCACCCCAGUGAGCUCAGUACAGUUGUCUGUGAGAGUACCACCACAGAUGAAGCUCCAUGGAUGGCAGCCGUCCUCGCAUUCGUCCCCAUGGCGGUGGCAGUGGCUCUGUUGGUGGUUGGGGUUGUGUACCGGGAAAGUAUGUCCCACUUUUUUUGUCCCAAAGAUGCCCUGCCUCAGCACUUCAAAGAGUAUCUGCUGACGCUCCCUGACCCCACCAUCUACCAGGCCAUGAGGAACUCCCACCCACCAGAGGAGAUCUACCACCAGAUCAGUGUCAUCACAGACCACAGGACUGUGGAGGAAGGGGGCCUUCUGGAGGUAGCAAGGACUUCGUGCAGCAAACAGCCUGAUGUCUCAGUGGGGGGGAUAGAAGACAUGACCAGCAUGGACACUGAGAAACAGUGAAAGAUUCAGAAAAGAUUCUGCAGCUGUCCAUUAUUAUUAUUGUAACUGUGAAGAGUCACAGAGACGUGGAGCUACAGGACUGAGAGCUCAUCCAGGUGAUGUCAUCUCUGUGCUCUUCAGUCUUCGUGUUGCUCAUGGUGACACACUAUGUAACUGAAGGAGCAUAACAUGCCCCAGUGGAGCUGCCCACACUAAAGGAUUUAUGGCAGUUGUGUCCCAAGAUAUUCACCCACCAUCCUCUGUGUAUGAUUGUGUAUUUUGUAACUGUAUGAACCUCCAUUCACUGAACACAAAAUAGUUUUCAAUGUCUCAUUGUGGCAAGAUGAAGGUUUUCUUAAUGAAAAUAAAUACAGACCUCAGAUCAGUGAAGUCAACAUAACGUCCAGGGUUUUAGAUCAAUGUUGUUCAGUUGAGUUUAAAUAAAGUCAGUGUUUGAAUAUGUGA